AUGACAGAACGGGAAGGCUCCACUGAAGCCAGUACGCCGGCUGUGGAACCUCUUCAGUUUAUCCGUCGUGUGGACUUGGACGGCACGGCGGCCGGUCGUUCUUUGAUUGGAAGCAUGUUGAAGAAGUUCUGA